AUGAUAGACUUUCCCAACGGGACUUUUCCGGUGAACGGAUCGGCCAGCGCCACCCAGGGGACGCUCUCGGUGAUGAAUUUCCUCAGCUCCAGCGGGCAGCUCCUGCUCGGUGAGCUGGGCUCCUCGGUGGGGGGUGGUGGGCUGCUGCUGUCGGGAAAUGCCACCCACGGUGCGGAAAAUGCUUCCGCCAUAUCGUUUGCGCCGGGAAAUCUGUCCACCGCCAACGUUUCGCUCGGACUCGUGAACGGAUCGGGCGUCCCGCUGCUCACCACCACCACCCUGUUGGGGGUGAACGGAUCGCUGGAGUUUGGGCUCGGGGGAGCCGGGCCAGCGACGUCCGCCAACUCGACGCUUCCGUUUCCGAACUUCGUGCACAAGGAGUUCAUCUUCGAUCGGACCGACGUGAGGGUCAUUUUCAUCACGCUCUACUCGCUAGUGUUCUGCUGUUGCUUUUUCGGGAACCUGCUCGUCAUCCUGGUCGUGACGCUCUCCAGGAGGCUGCGCUCGAUCACCAACUUCUUCCUCGCCAACCUCGCCGUGGCGGACCUCUGCGUCGGGGUGUUUUGUGUGAUGCAAAAUUUGACAAUUUACCUGAUAGAAAGCUGGGUGUUUGGGGACUUCCUCUGCAAGAUGUAUCAAUUCGUGCACUCGCUCAGCUACACGGCCUCGAUAUUCAUCCUGGUCGUCAUCUGCAUGGAGCGGUACUUCGCCAUCAUCCACCCGAUCACGUGCAAGCAGAUCCUGACGUCGCGCCGCCUAAGGCUCGUAAUCGUCGCCGUUUGGAUCACGUCCGCGGUCUACUCCAUCCCGAAGUUCAUCUUCGUGCGCACCAUCACGAACAACCUCGGCGACGACCAGCUCGAGACGAUUUGCAUCGUCAACCGGAAGGCGUUCAACUCGGAGCUGUUCGACAUCAUCAACUUUGCGUUGCUGUACCUGCUGCCGCUGCUGGUCAUGACGGUCCUGUACAGCCGGAUAGCGAUCGCACUGUGGAAAAGCUCGCGAGGUCUCGAAAGGCACAUCGCGCUGCAAAAUACGACCUCGUCGAGCUACUCGAGCAACUUCCACCGGAAGCCGAGCAGUAAAUAUGACAAGCGGAAUGCCGCAGUCACCGAGAGCCAGGUGUCGGUGGAAUCGGACAAGGUGGUGGUGACGACCUGGCCGGCCCAGAACAGCUUCCACCAGCGGCACGGAACGCAGCUGACGCAGGUGUCCCAUUCGUCCAACAACGUGCUCCGGGCGCGGCGGGGCGUCAUCCGCAUGCUGAUGGUGGUCGUGCUGACGUUCGCCCUCUGCAACCUGCCGUUCCACGCGCGGAAGAUGUGGCAGUACUGGUCCACCGACUACAAAGGGGACUCCAAUUUUAAUGCGCUCUUCACGCCACUAACCUUCCUGGUGACGUACUUCAACUCCGGCGUGAACCCGCUCCUGUACGCCUUCCUGAGCCGCAACUUCCGGAAGGGCAUGCGCGAGCUGCUCCUUUGCUCCUUCAAGAAGAACAAGAACAAGUCCCUCAACCAGCGCAUCCCGCUGCACCGACCGCGCUCCGUCAUGGCCCUGCUCCGGCACGCCAUGCUCUGCUGGGCCGCGGCGGACAAACCGACCGUCUCCCUGGCGACGCACUGCCCCUCGCCGACGACCCGCUCCCUCGACGAUGGCGUCGACGAGCGGAUGCUGUGA